AGCGUUCCACGGUGGUUUGUUUACAUUAGGUUUUCUUUUGGAGUCGUUGGGAUUUCCAUGGGAAUGAACGUGUUACUGAUGCCAAGUAAGAUUAAAAACAAAGUUAUAUAAAGUUAACAGAGUGUGCUAACAGUUUUAUAACCGACAUUUUACAAACUAAGCAGCUCAUUUCCGCUGCUGCUGUGUAUUUAGUUACAGAGUUAAUGAGUGAACAUUGGCUUGCUCACGUGUGGAUCUGAACUGCAUCAGCUCUGGAUCUCUGAUGGACUAAACAUUUCCAUAUAUAGGCUUUGGAUGUGGUUCUAGCAGCAGAUCCUUGAGUAGAAAUGUAAACAGCAACAUAAUCCCACGGACGCUAACACGUGGACAGACCAAAACACCCUCGAUCAAAUGCAACCAUGUCGUCGCCUGAGCAGCUUAUUGAGAUUGUUAUGGACAACAGAUCGUACAAUGUGAGCAAGAACAAGCUGAUUGAGAAGAGCGACUACUUCCGGGCGCUGUAUAGCUCUGGCAUGCGGGAGUCUGGAGAAGAUUCAGUGCAACUGCAAGGACUGAGUGUCCCAGGCCUCGAACUCGUCCUGGAGUUCAUCAACACCUCCAAAGUUCAGGUGGUCAACGAAACCCUGGAGGACCUCAUCGAGACGGCGUCUUUCCUCCAAGUGACACCCAUCCUAAAGCUUCUUCUGUCUGAAAUCCGCCAAGACAAUUGUGUCGAGGUCUUCAACCUCUCAGAGGUCUACGGCACCCAUGAGCUGCGCACGGCAUGCCUGAAGUUCAUGAGCUGCUACUACCACCCCAUGCUGCGCAGACCCGAGUUCCAUACUUUGCCUGUUGAAUCGCGUGAGCAGAUCAGGGAGAUGCGGAUGAGGGGCACGGCCACGCUGGUGGCAGUCGGAGACUUUGUGGGAACCUGCCUUGACCUUACUGAUCAAGAUGAGCCGUGGUCCAUGCUGCGCUACGGCGAGCGAGAGCAGCGCUGGAAGCCGCUCGCCAACAAUCUUCCUUCAGACAUGGUCAAUGUCCGAGGGUACGGCUCAGCUGUGCUUGAUAACUACCUUUUCAUCGUCGGUGGCUACAGGAUGGCGAGUCAAGAGAUCGCUGCAGCACACUGUUACAAUCCAUGCAGAAAUGAAUGGACUCAUAUAGCUCCUUUGAACCAGAAAAGGGCUAACUUUAAGCUGGUGGCAGUGAGUGGGAAGCUGUAUGCAGUAGGAGGGCAUGGCUUAAGUACAGUGGAGUGCUAUGGACCUGAGCAGGAUUGGUGGACCUGCGUUUCCUCCAUGCCUGAUCCUCUGACCGAGUUCUCUGCAUGCGAAUGCCAGGGCAUGAUCUACGUCAUGGGUGGCUACACAGCCAGAGACAGGAACACGAAUGUUUUGCGCUACUGCCCUACGUCAGACACGUGGUCUGUGUUGCACACGUGCUCGGCACACGUGCGGAAGCAGCAGAUGCUGUCUGUGGAGGAGAUCAUCUACCUUGUGGGUGGCUACACGCGUGAGCUGGAGAGAGCCGAGCACGUCAGGGUCAACCCUGCCGAAGACGCGUUGGCAGUGCAGUCGUAUAAUGUGCGCACAGGUGAGUGGCUGCAGCUGCGAGCGAGUGUAUCCAAGUCAGGCCUGAACCUCACGUGUGCUCUGCAUAAUGAUGGCAUCUACAUCAUGAGCCGUGACGUUGGCCCACGCACCAACCUUGAGCACCGCGUCUUCCUCAAGUACAACGUGUUCAGUGAUGCCUGGGAGGCCUUCCGACGCUUCCCGACACUUGGCCAUAACGUGCUGCUCUGUUCCCUUUACCUGCCCAACAUCCUCUAAAGAAGAUUUAUAUAAAAAAAAAACGGGUAACGGUCACACGGUACUGAAGAUAAUUGGUGGUUAUGUUCAUGUCCAAGGAACUGAGACUCUGAUGCACAUUACAGAAGGUGGACUAAUUCAUAACUGCCCUAUAAUUGACUCAGUGGUUGUAACUCAGUGGUUUACAUUCAGUAACAGUUUAACAGUCUGUCAUCCUGCUGAUAGCUUUAACAGGAAGUUGUUGAGGUAUAAAUGAAUUGAGAAACGUUGCUUUACCAUGUUGUCGAGUAUGCAGGAAACAGUAUGGGAACAAUUACACUGCUGUAGCAGAUUUCUCAAUCUUACACAAAACCAACUAAUGCCAAUGCAUGCACUUACUCCCUGUAUUCUGCCAAUCUGUAAUAUAUUAGUGUACGCCGUGGUUUUACAUGGCCAUGAUUGGGAUGGAACACUAAGAGUGAUUGCAAAUUGUUAGUCUUAACUCUAUGUAACUUUUCAGAAAAUUACCACUUAAGCCUUCAAUUUGGGCAUCUGGCAAACAAGCUUGACCAAAAUACCUGGAUUUUUUUUUAAAAUAAGGGUUACAUGGAGGGUUUAUACAUUAGAGAACAUGAAAUGGUCAAAAGGUUUGGAGACAGUACUCUAAACUCUACCCAGAAGUUUACAUACAGGGACAGAAACGUCAUGGCAGUAUUGGGCUUUCAGUGAUUUAUUUGAACUGUUCGUUUUCUGUACCAGAAUGAUUGUAUGAUAUACAUCUUUAAUAGAACCAAAACUAGACUUUGGUACACAAGUUUUCAUUUCUUUUGGGUUUUCUGAAAUCAACAAAGGGUCGAAAAUAUCCAUAGAGCACACCUAAUAUUUGGUGAAAUGUCCAUUAACAAGUUUAACCUUGACCAGACGAUUUUGGAAGCCAUCAACAAACUUUCUGGCAGCAUUCUGGUUUCGAUAUUUGUCCACUGUUCUUGGCAGAAAUGGUAGAGCUUGAUUUAAUUUGUUGGUUUCCUGGCAUGGACUCGGGUUUUAAGCACAGUCCGUAUAUUUUCAAUACGGUUGAGGUCAGGACUAGUUUUCAUCUGAAUGUUAGCAAUGCAUUAUCCUCCACAAUUAGCUUUGAUGUGUGUUUGGGGUCAUUGUCCUGUUGGAACAUCCAACUCUGUCCUGGUUCCUGAUGGUUUGAAGUUAUACCGAAGAAUUUUGAGGUUCUUCAUGAGUCCAUCCAUUUUAUGCAAUGCGCCAGUUCCAAUGGUGGCAAAACAGCCCCAGAGCAUGCUGCUACCACCACCAUGCUUCACAGUUAAUAGAGUGUACCUCUGGUCACUGUGGCCACUCAACUCAAUCUUUGUCUUAUCUGACCAUAAAACUUUUUCCUCCAGCAGGCUUUUCUUUGUCCAUGUGGUUAGCUGCAAACUUUAGUCAAGCUUGAGGUGUUGAUUUUGCAGCAGGGGCUUCUUUCAUGGAUAGCAGCCUCUCAGUCCAUGGUGAUGUAAAACUCACUUGAAUCUAGACAGUGUUCCAGCAGCUUCCAAUUCAUGGUAGGGCUGUGCCUUGGUUGUUCCUGAUCAUUCAAAUCCGUUUCCUCCCAGCUGAGGGUGACUGUUUGUUUGGGUCUUCUCCUAGCAAAGUGGCUUGGCAAAAUGGCUACACAUUUAUAACAUGUACUUAUGUAAAGUUGUUUGAACAGAUGAUUUUGGAAAUCUGCAGUUAUUCAGAAACGGCUCCAAGAGGCAUUCCUGAGUGUGUAACUCUAUGAUCGUUUUUCUCAGAUCUGCACUGAGCUCCUUGGGCUUUACCAUUGUACUGUGUGUUGGUCAGUUCAGUGAAUGCUAUCAAACAAUGCUGUGCACAGAGAAGCUACCAGUUGUAGUCAAUUAUGAUCACUAAUAAGAAGUUAAGACACAAGUUAAAACAUUUUGGAACUUUCAGUGCCACUGAAUUAAUAAUCCAAGUGGGUGUCUGUAGAAUUUUGACCCUGUCUUGAUUUCAGAAAACCCCAAAUAAAUUCAAUCUUGUGCAGCAAAGUCUUUUUUUUUCUAUUAAAGAUGUAUGUUGUACAAUCAUUCUGCGACAGAAAAAGAACAGUUCAAUGAAAUAAGUGAAAGCCUAAUAUGUAAACUUCUGACCACAGCUGGAUGUGUACACAGACAGUAUGUAUUAAAGGUGCCUUGUCUUGUCUUGGAACGUAUUUUUGUUUGUUUGUUUUACCUUUAUUUUACCAGGAAGUCCUCUCUUUUCCAAGAGAGACCUGGUCAAGAUAGAAGCCAUACACACUCACAAAAAUAGAACGUAUCCAAUAUAAUCUACAAAAUCCACAACCUAUUUGAACUCAAUGGCCUCUACAAGUCUCAACACUCCAUAUUCUUUAUGAUGUUGUUUAUAUUUAUCAGAUGACUAUCAGUGUAUCCAAUUUUAGAUCUUUCUGCAGAUUAUUCCAUGUCCAGGGUACAUUGUAAGAAAAUGCAGUUUCCUCCAAAUCUGUAAAAACCUGCGGUUCAUCUCAUCUCAUUAUCUGUAGCCGCUUUAUCCUGUUCUACAGGGUCGCAGGCAAGCUGGAGCCUAUCCCAGCUGACUACGGGCGAAAGGCAGGGUACACCCUGGACAAGUCGCCAGGUCAUCACAGGGCUGACACAUAGACACAGACAACCAUUCACACUCACA